CGCCAGCCCCCCCAGCCACCCCACUGCUGGGGACAGCUGCAGGGACAGCAAUAACACACCCCCCAAAAAAUAAUAUCCGAACAGACGGGCUGCCUGGGACGCGAGAAUUGCAAAAACAAUCCCCACCCCAUCACGGAGAGUGAGCUGAGCAAGGAGCAGGACGAUGUUUGACAACACGCAGUACCCCUAUAACUGCUUCAAUUAUGAUGGGGAUGAUUAUCCUACCUGUAGCUCUGACGAAGAGAAAAAAUUCACCAGACCAGCGUACAGCUACAUUGCCUUAAUUGCAAUGGCCAUCCAGCAAAGCCCUUCAAAUAAAGUCACCCUCUCUGGCAUUUAUGACUUUAUAAUGAAGAAAUUUCCUUACUACAGAUCAAAUCAAAGAGCCUGGCAGAACUCCAUCCGACAUAACUUAUCACUUAACAGUUGUUUUGUGAAGGUUCCCAGAACAGAAGGGAAUGAGAAGGGGAAAGGAAACUAUUGGAGCUUUGCAGCAGGAUGCGAAUCCAUGCUGGAUCUCUUUGAAAAUGGGAAUUACAGGAGAAGACGGAGGAGGAGGAAUGUGAAAAGGGAGCACAAGGAGCAGCGACCCAGCAGAGUGAAGAGUCCUUCAUCCCCCAAUACCUCUUCUGUGGACUCUGCUUUGAACAACAUUUCCUCUUCUGAAAGUAAACAUGAGAGAAUUGAACCGGGCCCAAAACUUCUGGAGCCUUGUGGGUUUGCUCCAAACAGCGUGACCAACAGGCAGAGCCUAAGCAAUUCCUCCUUGGCAAAAUCGGAUUCUGAAAUCAAAUUCAGCAUCGAUUACAUCCUCUCAGCCCCCGACCCUUUGCCUGUCCUGAGAUCUCAGUGUAACAUGCAAGAAAAUAAAUAUCACCUACUGGAGGCCCCGCAUAUUAAUCUCCAGUUCUGGACAAUGUGAUGUUAUUUAUUCGUGGUAACAAAGUCUGAGUCACAGUGUGUUCAGCAGCCUCAUGUCACUGAAAAUCAGCUGCCUGCCUCCUCAUUUUCCUCCCAAGCAGUGCUCAGAAAGGGUUACAGACUCACCAGCUGAUGCCCUGUCUGUACCCAAGGAACUUUGCUAAGAUUAAAGCAUAAAUAUCUGUUACCAAUAUCGGUUUUCACCAUGCUGAAACUUAUGAAAUUCUAGCUUUUUUUUCUAAACUGUCCUGGACAUCAUUUAGCACCACAAAGAAUUUCCUUUCUCAAGCAGAAUCUGACAGAGAAGAGACUUGCUUAUCAUCCACUGCUUUAUUAAAGACAAAGUGAAUUUGAUCCCACUUUCAGUGGUGGAAAUUAGGAUUAACUCCACUGGAGUAUAUAGGUCAGAACUUAAGCUGAUCUAAAACAGUGUAAUUCUGUCGACUUACACUGGCUGGGAAUGUAGGGGGGUGAGGGGGUGGAAAUUUGUUUCUUAAAAGGAAUUAGAGAAAAUCGCCCUGUCUUUCCUGAUUUUUUUCUUUUAACAUCUUAUUUCAAACUGUUUUGCAGUUUUAAUUCAUUGUUCAUUAGGAAACACAGUUGUUGAUAAGUAUUUCAAGUAUAUUUUUGUUUAUAUUCGGGGCAGAAUUGUUUAAAUUGUUGAAGUGAAGUUGUAUUCAAAAUAAUUCCAAGAGACCUAAUUGCAAGGAUGCUGAACUCUGGUGCUUUGAUAGGUAAUGUGACAGUCAAGGAGUCUCUUAAUGCCUUGGUCAAAAAAACCCCAACACUUCUUCCCUUGUACUAUCAGAAAUAUUCCUGAGAUGCUGCAGAAAAGUCCUUAACCAUAUUUCAUUUAGCAAGUGUGAAGGGAAACCUGGCACUGCAAAAAGCUCUGUCGAGUGUUGAGCAAAGCUAAAAUUCCACCUACCUGCUCUGAGACAAGUUGUAUAUUCCCAUUAAACAGAUUUUUAUUGAUCCUUCUUGCAAGCAAUUACCAAAGUGGUGCUUGAUAUGAUUUCAGCUAAACUGGUGAGAUUUAUAAUUUCCAGAUAUCAAUGUUAGCUCGUGAGCUCCAUUUCUGAGAAAGCCACUUCAUUAUCAUUUACAUGCAGUGGGGUAUUUUGGAACAGAACCUGAUGGACAAUGAGGAACUGUAAUAAGCUUUUAAGAAGUUGCUUUUAUACAACUUGUUCACAAUGAAUUGCUUCCGAGAACAUAAACAGCGUUAGCAAAGGCUCCACAAUAUCCCGGCUUUCACUUGGCUAUUACAGUCUUCACCUACUGCAGAUAAAAGGAAAAAAAGACAAGAAUUCUGAUAGUUUUAAGCAAUUAAAUACAGAGAUAAAAUUAUCUUUGCAACAGGAACUAAAGGUAAAUGAAGGUAUAUGAGAUAAGAUUCAGCAUAGAGGUAUGCUCAGGCAUGACUUGAAUUUUUAUGCAGAAGCUUCGACAUUUCACUAAGUUAUUUUACAUUGUGUCUAAUAUAUACUGUACAUUUAUACUAUAUAUUCUUAUAAAUUGUUACUGAGAAAGGGAGCAAUAUCACUGCACUUAUACGUUGUAAAAAUGCAUGAUGUAUGUUGUCAUGAUGCUGAAACUCCUGCCAUAUACUUAAAAUUCACCAUCAGUGGUAUUUCACACUGAUUGGUAAUAAAUGCCCAUUUUUUGGAAAACUAUAAAACUUAUUCUCUUCAAGCAUUUCUACAGCAUGCAAAAGUCUUUGCUUCUUCUUCAGAAAAGAGAAAAUGGAAAAUCAUGUCAAUUACAUCACUGCAUGUCUUCCAAACUUUGAAGGGAUGAUUUCUUAAGAACAAAUUCUGCCUUCAAAUGGGAGCUUUCAAUUCUCUGUGAAUCAACAGUUAUUCUGGGGGAAAAUCUGAAAGCAAAAUUUGACUCUUUAGAGUUUACAUUGAUAUUAGAAAGAGUAGAAAAUCUCGGGGUGGUGGGGGCACUGCACAGAUGGAUUCUCAUUUGAAGAGGGAUGAGAAUUUGCU